CCUUUGACAUUUGUGAUAUUAACCUCAAAAACUUUUCCUUCCCAACAGUAAUCAAGAGGUGAAGGAAAAAGAGCAAUUAACUAGAAUUAGUUAGUUUUUCAGCCAUAUAAAUAAAAGCAUCGUAAAAUAAGUUCAAAAUUAUAAAAAUGGUUUUUUAUUUCGAAAGUACAGCCGCUUCACCGCCUGUAACACUGUUUAUGGGUUUGGACAAAUAUGAAAAUGAGGAUCUCAUCAAAUGGGGGUGGCCUGAAGAUGUAUGGUUUCAUGUGGAUAAGGUCUCAUCAGCUCACGUGUACUUGCGCUUACCCAAUGGUCAAACUAUAGAUGACAUUCCUUCUGCAGUUAUAGAAGAUGCAGCUCAGUUAGUUAAAGCUAAUAGUAUUAUGGGAAAUAAAAUGAAUGAUGUAGAUAUUGUUUACACAAUGUGGUCCAAUUUGAAAAAAACUCCUGCCAUGGAAGUUGGGCAAAUAGCAUUCCACAAAGAAAAAGAAGUUCGAAAAAUAAAAGUUGCCAAAAGGAUAAAUGAAAUUGUGAAUAGGUUGAAUAAAACAAAAAAAGAAGAACAAAUAGAUUUUAGAGCUGAAAGAGAAAAAAGAGAUAAACUAGAAAGAGAUGGCAAGAAGAAACUCUUGAAAGAAGAACAAGAGAAAAAAAGGGAACUUGAAAAGAAGAGAAAGGAAGAAGCAGAAUUAAAAAGUUACAAUACAUUAAUGAAUACUGAAACUAUGUCAAAAUAUGACGAUGGAAAUGAUUCAGAUGAUUUUAUGUAAUUCAAUAUAUGGUAAAAAAUUA